GAAAAGUGUGCAAAUUGCAUAAAUGAGUCUUCACUGUGCAUGACGUAGGAACGGAGCCCCUGGGGGCAUACAUGUAAACGUUACUGGUCACGUAAGAGCGCUGGGAUAAUGGCAAUGAGGACCCGGUAAAGGACCCGAUGGGUGGGGCGGAGAAAGAAUAGGAAAUCAGCACGGAGUAAUCUGAGCGCGAGCAAUCUUGCGAGUGUUUUGUAAGAGAGGGGCUGCUCGAAGAGGAGUAAUCAUGGCUUCUAAUCCAAGUGUAUUGAUGCGUCUUGUGGCCUCAGCAUAUUCCGUGGCUAAUAAAGCGGGAACUAUUGUCAGAAAAGUUAUGUCUGGAGGAGAACUAGACAUAGUGGAGAAGUGUGGAGCUAAUGACCUGCAGACUAAAGCUGAUCGAUUGGUACAGAUGAGCAUUUGUUCGUCCUUGCUUCUGAAGUUUCCUAAGGUGACAAUCAUAGGUGAAGAGGAUCUUCCCUCUGAAGAAGUCAGUGAAGACUUACUUGAGAAGAGCCAAUGUGAGGAGAUACUGAAGCAAAUCUGUCCACCGCAGUAUACUGCUAUCAAAGAGGAAGAGCUUGUUGUAUGGGUGGAUCCUCUGGAUGGAACAAAAGAAUAUACUGAAGGACUUCUUGACCACGUAACAGUUCUUAUUGGUAUUGCUUACCAAGGAAAAGCUAUUGCAGGUGUCAUUAAUCAACCAUAUUACAACUAUGAGGCAGGUGCAGAUGCAGUUCUAGGCAGGACAAUAUGGGGAAUCCUUGGUUUGGGCGCCUUUGGAUUUCAGUUGAAAGAGGUACCAGCUGGGCAGCACAUCAUUACCACCACAAGAUCACACAGCAGCAAGAUGGUAAAUGACUGCAUUAGUGCAAUGAAGCCUGAUAGUGUGGUGAGAGUUGGAGGUGCUGGUAAUAAGAUCAUUCAACUUGUCGAGGGCAAAGCUUCUGCUUAUGUAUUUGCCAGUCCUGGAUGCAAGAAGUGGGAUACAUGUGCACCAGAGGCUAUUUUGCAUGCAGUUGGAGGCAAACUUACUGAUAUUCAUGGGAACUUUUUUCAUUAUAAUAAAGAAGUCAAACACAUGAAUUCAGGAGGAGUCCUUGCUACUUUAAAAAAUCAUGACUAUUAUGCCAGUCGAGUUCCUGGGGCAGUCAAAGAAGCCCUUGUGCCAUAAAAAUUGGAGAGGAUUGUGCAUUCCAUUUGGGUGGAAAGAACUUUUUAGCUUAGUUGCGAUUUUUGAUGGGGUCAUAUUUUGGACCAGUUCCACGAUCUUUAGUUAAGAGAUUUGUUGCUUCCUCAACUUAAUAUACAUUCUGGUAAAUUUGAAAUUUUAGUUUUCAGUUGGAAUAUUAGUGACUUCAAUAAAAUUGUCCAGCUUUCUUAGUGCUUAUUAAUAUCUUAUGUUUACCUAUCCAAUUAUCAAUUCCUUAUUCAAUAUAUUUCUUGAUCUGAAGACAAAAUAAAUGAACCAGUUACUUCAAAUGACUUUUGUAUGCAAGCCUCACUCAUAUAUGCAUCACUUGAAGGGAUCAUUUUGUCUAGCUAGCUAGAUCUUUUGUUUAUAUAUACACGGAUGGAUGUGUGGGAUUGUCAAUUCUCUGCCUAAUUCUCCCCUCCAUUUUCACAUGUUUAUCUGGAAAUAUACCUAUUAGCUU